CCAUAAAUGCAACACACAAGAUGCGUUCAAGGUCCAGCUCAGAGCCUAUUCAACGUCACCGAGGCUUCCACCAUGUUGGAUCAGGAAGUGGGCAGAGCUGAAGCAGGAUCCCGAGUCGAGCUUCUCGUCGUCUUCGAUUGCCUUCUUCUCUCGAGUCGCUAGCCAUUUUAUUACUCUCCCACCGAGAACAUCUAAGUUACAUGCGGUGUGGCUGUUCGGCCUGUCGGGGCUGACGCUUUUCUCCGGAUUUAAGGAUUCAUAAGCCGCAGAAAUGACUUCUCUAUCGCAGAGAAGCUCGGGCCUCGUCCAGCGGAGGACCGAGGCCACUCGCAGCGCCGCCGUCGACAGAGAGAAGUGCUCCGACGAGGAGGAGGACGAGGCGCGCCGCUGGGACGAUGACGACGACGACAAGGGGGACUCGAAGGAGACUCGACUCACACUGAUGGAGGAAGUGUUGCUGCUGGGCCUCAAGGAUCGAGAGGGCUACACGUCCUUCUGGAACGACUGCAUCUCCUCGGGACUCCGGGGCUGCAUGAUGGUCGAGCUGGCUCUCAGAGGCCGAAUCCUGCUUGAGGCCUGCGGAGUCAGGAGGAAGAGUCUGCUGUCCCGAAAGGUGAUCUGCAAGUCUGAUGCCCCGACGGGAGACGUGUUGCUGGAUGAAGCGUUGAAGCAUAUUAACAGCACGCAGCCUCCAGAGACUGUUCAGAGCUGGAUCGAGCUCCUGAGUGGUGAAACCUGGAAUCCUUUGAAACUGCACUUCCAGUUGAGGAACGUGAGAGAACGCUUGGCUAAGAACUUAGUGGAAAAAGGCGUCCUGACCACAGAGAAGCAGAACUUUUUGCUUUUCGACAUGACAACACAUCCGCUUACCAACAGUACAAUCAAACAGCGUCUAGUCAAAAAGGUCCAAGACUCUGUUUUAGAGAAGUGGGUCAACGAUCCGCAUCGCAUGGACAAGCGCAUUCUGGCUCUCAUCCUGUUGGCGCAUUCGUCCGAUGUUCUGGAGAACGCCUUUGCCCCACUCCACGAUGAUCUGUACGACUUGGGCAUGAAGAGAGUCCACACUCUGCUGGAGCUUGAGCCGGAGAAGGAGAGCGCUAAGUCCUCUGCCAACGAACUCAUGUGGGCAGUGGUGGCAGCCCUCGGGAAAUGAAGACGCCCGACUGGAACGGUGGCUUUGAGCCGCUUGAUUGGUUGAAGGACUAAAUGAGACAGACUUAAAUGAGACAAUCUGUUGGGCUUUUUGGGAAAAGCCUCGUCGUACAUCUACUCCUACGGAUGACAUUUGGGCACUGGCCCAUAUUUACUUAGUGCAAUCUGAUUGGUGGCGGUUACAAUUAGGCGUUGACAUCGAUGACUGGCUGCUUUUACCCAGAGUGGUGAACUGGCUUGUGUCCAUCAUGACGAAAAAAAUAAGACGCUUCUGCCAUUCGCAUAAAGAAAGCAGGCGGCAGGAACUGUCACCAUGAAAAGAUGGUUCUCACCUGGGCCAAGUUAUACCCGCGACACAAAAGGAGACUUCAUUGCAUUAUCUUCAUGAGAUCAGAAUCAAACCCUGGUCUGUGUCCACAGCCUCCCACCUGCUAGGCGCAGCAGCUUCUGGUGCUCAACCCUGCUUUUCCAGGGAGUCCGCAGUUAGGAAGUUUCAAAAUGCCUCACUUUUCAAUUUGGGAAGCUAGAGCAAAGCAGUGUGAUAAUGUCAAGAAUAAAAUUGGAUUCAUUUAUUUAUACUGGUCACAACACAAUGACGGCUUUAAAAAGUUCACGAGCACGACCAGCUAUCUGAGUUCUCACCAUGAAACAGGGCUGUGUGUGUGUAGGUAACGUCUCUUUCUGUCACAUUUUCACUGCUCUACAUUGGUGCCCGUGAUUUUAAAACAUCCGUUGAAGUUGGUCAUAUGAACGUAGCCUCUGCUUUGUUGUCCAAGUAACAUAAGCGAGUCCAUUUUGUGACGAGUCUUCCAUUUCUGUUAUCGCGCUAAUAGAAGCUCAUUGUAGUUUGCCAUUCAUAACUAUUUUGCACAGUCGGCUGCUCCAUAGAUUGGAGGAUAUUUAUAGGGACUAUUUUAGUUGCGUGGGUUACCUUUAGUCAAUUUCGGAAGAUUACUGUAGAAAUUAAAGUCUUCACAACAUUCAUUCCAAUGGAUAAAAAGUGAAAUGCAUUCUGCACUUAUUUUCCAAGUGUGAGUCGCUGUGCAGCUCAGACUGCAUACAGUCGGUGGAAUGAUCGUUUCCUUUUUUUUUUUUUUUUUUUAAACUUCUUUCAGGCAAGUCUUUUCAUUAAGGGUCUGCUCACUCAUGAGCUGUCUUCGCACCGAUGUAAAAAGCAGCGCAUAUCCAGAUAUCUGCCUCUAUUUUUUUAUGAAUAUGAAUGGCUAUUCCCUCCCGAAGGGGCUUCACAGUUUAUAAGCAGCAGAGUUGGUUGUGAAUUUACACAUUUUGGAAAAGGUCAGAAAGUGUACACCUGAUGAAAAAUGACGUUCUUGGUUUGAUUCACUCCAUCAAUUAGCCCCUCUUGGAUGACUUUCAUUCAUGCUGUUGUUUUUGGCAGCGUCCAGAGGAAGUGGAGGAACUGGUGCGUUGGUCAGUGCCUCGAGAAUUGCCUGUUCCAUGCUCAUGACCAUUCACGCGGUCUGACCAGUGCUGCCCUCGAGUGGCCUGUUGCCCAAGUUAUAUGUCCCUGUGUCCUUAAAACCGUGAAAGGACCCACCAUGAUUUGUUUACAGCGGAAACGAGCAUGCAUGCUAACGGUGGAGGGUCGGGGUACUUGUGGAUGUAGCUGCAGAGAAAAAGGCUUGUUGUGUAAUAAGUAGUUAUUUUAAUGUGAACGAACUAAUGGAAUUCAAUGAAAGGGAUCUUCUCUCCUCUGCUCUGUAAUUCUGUAUGCUUUUGUAUUGCCACACAAAAUAAAGUAAGGAUCCUUUAAGUGCCUGAAUUUAGGAUUG